GUGGCUGUUUCCUAUUCUCUCUCUCCGAACUUUGGCAAUUGAGCCUUUGGCUGUAAACUGAAACCAUGACCCACCCUAUACAGUUAAAAACAUAGCCAAAAAUCUCUAAAAUUCUCGCUCUUUCUCACUCUGGCUCUCUGCAAUUAAAUGCCGAAUAUCUCAUUUGAUUUUAUUUUAUUCAGUUUACAAAUCAAUUCUUUUAAUUCUUUGAGCGCCUUUUGUCGCCUGCUUUGACAUCUAUCUGCCUGACUGCCAGCCGGCCUGCUGUCUUUCUGGCUGUCUGCGUAUCUACCUAUAUAUAGCUGCAAGUCAAAUCGAUCUAUUCGAUCUAUAAAAGCAGCCCAUGACAAGCGAAUGGCCUGCAAACCGAAGGAAAACUCGAUGCCAGCGCCUGUCUAGAAUCACAGACAGCAAGAGCAAAAAGCUACAAAAAAGAAAGAACAACACACGCAAAAACGAAGGCGGCGCUACAGAGAAUGGCAUUGCCAGCAACAGCAACAGCAGCAGCAAUAACAACAACAACAACACUCACACCAGCAACAUCAACGCCAGCAGCAGCAGUCAAUUAUCGUCAAUAAUUGAGAAUUUAUCCAAUAAUAGCGACAUCGCGGCAUUGUCCUCCACAUCAUUGGCAUCGGCAUCAGCAUCGGCUGCGACAUCGUUAUCGUCAUCGUCACCGUCACCGUCGUCGUUCUCGUUCUCGUCAUCGUUGCUGGCAACCAACUCCAGGUUGCAUGCCACGCAUAAAUCCUAUCCGCCAAUAAAUUCAGCAUAUUGGCUGCCAUCGUCGCAUCCAUCACCGUACACAGUGCCAGGUAUGCAACAGUCGCUCAAUUGCCAGCAGCAAGGCAGCAAGCGGCAACAGCAGCUGCCUACACCUCCUCCUGCUUGUUCUCCUCCUUUCUCCGACUCUAUAUUUAAGCCUUAUACAGCUGCUGUCCAUCUUCAUUCAACUCUUCUCUUCUGUCCGUCCAUCAGUGUCCCCUUACACCCCCCAGCAUACCUCCCUCUUAUUGAUGGUCUGUUGAUGUUGAGUGUUAUCUACCGUGUGUCAGUGCCCAGCAAGCAGCAUCUGUCCAAAUUGCUCUGGCGCCAACUUACAUGCACAUUACAAUCCCAACACUUCCUCCUGCUGUGCCUCCUCCUUGGCCUCGUCUGCCUCUGUUAUUGCUGCCUCUGCCCUCUCAUUGAAUUGGUCUUUAAAAUGGGGUAAUUAAAGCAAUUUAUUGGCCUCCAAAAUUGCCAAGCAGUUGUCAUUAAGUAAAUUGGCCAAAACUGCGAGCAGCGUUGAGUUGAGCUCUCUUGCCAAAUAAGUUGCAAAUGGACUGUCGGAUGGGUAUUUGGCUAGGCUAAAUGAUUGCUCAGGUAUAUGUCAUGGCAUUGGCAUUUAAAUAGUCGAAUGAAUUGGAAAAAUGGGAAAGCCUCU